AUGGCCUCCAUGUUCGAGCAGCCCCGGAACGGGACUCUGUUCCUGGGUGGGCAGAAGAUCUCUGGUGCUGAUAUCAGGGACCAGAACGUCCAGGCAACCCAGGCUAUUGCGAACGUCGUGAGGAGCUCUUUCGGCCCCAGCGGCCUGGACAAGAUGAUGGUGGACGACAUUGGAGUAGGCAAUCACUCUAACGAACCCCCUCCUCCUGAGUUCCCGCGUGCUGACAAACGGCAGGAUGUUACGGUCACAAACGACGGCGCGACGAUUCUCAGUUUACUCGACGUCGAGCACCCCGCAGGGAAGAUCUUGGUGGACCUGGCACAGCAGCAAGAUAAGGAGGUGGGCGACGGCACGACCUCGGUCGUCCUGAUCGCCGCAGAGCUUCUCCGGAGGGGAAACGAGCUCAUGAAGAACCGCAUACACCCCACCACCAUCAUCACCGGCUACCGACUAGCACUCCGCGAGGCCGUCAAGUACAUGAACGAGAACGUCAGCAUCAAAGUGGACCAGCUGGGCCGUGAGUCCCUCAUCAACAUCGCCAAGACGUCCAUGUCGAGCAAGAUUAUCGGCGCCGACUCGGACUUCUUCGCCAACAUGGUCGUCGACGGCAUCCAGGCCGUCAAGACGACCAACAACCGCAACGAGACAAAGUACCCCGUCAAGGCCGUCAACAUCCUCAAGGCCCACGGCAAGUCGUCGCUCGAGUCGAUGCUCGUCAAGGGCUACGCCCUCAACUGCACCGUCGCAUCCCAGGCCAUGACCACCCGCAUCACCGACGCCAAGAUUGCCGUCCUCGACAUGAACCUGCAAAAGGAGCGCAUGAAGCUGGGUGUCCAGAUCACGGUUGACGACCCGCAGCAGCUGGAGCAGAUCCGUGCUCGCGAGUCUGGGAUGGUGAUUGAGAGGGUCGAGAUGAUCCUCAAGUCUGGCGCCAAUGUCAUCCUGACGACCAAGGGCAUCGACGACAUGUGCCUGAAGCUGUUCGUCGAGCGGGGAGCCAUGGCGGUGAGGAGAUGCAAGAAGGAGGAUCUGCGCCGUAUCGCCAAGGCCACUGGCGCUACUCUGCUGAGCACACUCUCUGACCUGAACGGCGACGACCGUUUCGAGCCCUCUUAUCUCGGUCACGCCGACGAGGUUGUCCAGGAGCGCAUCUCGGAUGACGAGUGCAUUCUGGUCAAGGGCACCAAGGUCCACUCAUCAGCCUCCAUCAUCCUCCGGGGCCCCAACGACUUCCAGCUGGAUGAGAUGGAGCGGUCGGUGCACGACUCCCUGUGUGCGGUAAAGCGGACUCUGGAGAGCGGCAGCAUCGUGCCUGGCGGCGGUGCCGUCGAGACUGCGCUGCACAUCUACCUCGAGGAGUUCGCCGGUACGGUGGGCUCGCGGGAACAGCUUGCCAUUGGCGAGUUUGCACAGUCCCUGCUGGUCAUUCCCAAGACCCUGGCUGUCAACGCCGCCAAGGACGCCUCGGAGCUCGUCGCUCAGCUGCGGUCAAGGCAUGCUCUGUCACAACGGACGCAGGAGGGCGAUGCAAGCGAGGACGAGAAGACGGUCGCCAAGAAGAAGGGCUACAGGAACUACGGUCUGGACCUGAUGCGGGGCAAGGUCAUCGACGAGAUCAAGGCUGGUGUUAUGGAGCCGAGUAUCAGCAAGAUCCGCCAGCUCAAGAGCGCUGUCGAGGCUUGCAUCAGCAUCAUGCGGAUAGACACCCUGAUCAAGUUGGAUCCGGAGCCGCAGGCGGAGGACGAUGGUCACGGGCACUAA